UUGUGUUUCCUAAACGCUGAGAGGUGACAACGUGUGCCAUCCCAAAUCCACAGUGCUAUGCCAAGCUGAAGCUUUGCAGAGUUAGCCGGAGGACUCUCGAGUUACACGGGAGGAAGAUGAAUGCUUGCAAUAACACUACUGAGCACCAAGAAACCUCAAUACAAGAAUAUCAGCAUCAGAUCUACGCCGUCUUCUACACUGUGAUUCUCGUUCCUGGACUGAUCGGCAAUGUCCUCGCGCUCUGGGUUUUUUACGGCUACAUAAAGGAGACAAAGAAGGCUGUGAUAUUCAUGAUCAACCUGGCCAUCGCCGAUCUGCUGCAGGUGCUAUCACUACCUCUGCGCAUUUACUACUAUUUGAACAACUCAUGGCCUUUCGGUGAUGCCGCCUGCCUGCUCUGUUUCUAUCUGAAAUACGUCAAUAUGUACGCCAGCAUCUACUUCCUGGCUUGCAUCAGUGUGAGACGCUGCCGCCUCAUUAUCCAGCCGCUGCACUGCGGCGCCACCAAGAGACGGAGGGAGCGUGGCUUGUGUUUAAUCGGGUGGCUCAUCGUGUGUCUGGGGUGCCUUCCCUUCCCUCUUCUGCGAAAACCCAACACCAACUCAGCCCAUCCCACACGCUGCUUCUCCGAGCUGCCCAUGACGCCGCUCAGCAAAGUGCUAGGAGUGUCCCUGGUGACAUUCGCGGAGAUGGUGGGCUUUCUGCUGCCGCUGGGUAUCGUGGUGACCUGCUCGUGGCUGACGGCGGCGAGUCUGCGGCAGAAGACCUGCGUGCUGCAGGACACCGGGGAAAAGCACAAGGCGCUCAAGAUGGUGCUGAGCUGCGCUGGUGUGUUCCUGGUGUGUUUCGUGCCCUACCACAUCACCUUCCCUUUAGACUUCUUGGCCAAAUCAAACUACGAUGUCAGCUCUGCUUUUAAGAACGCCGUGCUGCACAUUCAUCCGGUCACCUUGUGUCUAGCGAGUCUGAACUGCUGUCUGGACCCAGUCAUGUACUACUUCACCACUGAUGAGUUCAAGCGGCGUCUGUCCAGGCCAGAGUUUCACGAAAGUUUGCCGUUACAGCACAGAACUUCUUUCUCCACAAAUGCUAGUCUAAACCAGACAGAUGAAGCACGGGGACGUUGUUUUAAGCCACACAAAAGAGCUUUCUGUAUGUACAAUUGAUGUACUCCGAACAUUUUUCUUGAGAACUUCAUGAGAUCUUCAUUCUGCUCUUGAAGAUCCGGGAACGGGCAAAAAGGCAUUUAUUUA